AUGCCCCUCCUGGCGGACCUCUACAAGGCCUAUGGGAUCCCUGUUGUAUUCUACGACCAGAUCGGGUGCGGUCGCUCCACGCACCUCCGCGAUAAGAUGGGAGACGUGGAGUUCUGGUCCUUUGAGCUCUUCAUCAAGGAACUUGACAUGUUGGUCGACCACCUCCAGCUGCGGGACCGUGGGUUUUAUCUCUUGGGCCAGAGCUGGGGCGGCGUUCUCGCUGCUUCCUAUGCUAUGAGCCAGCCCCGCAGAAGAUCUCCUGUGGGGCUGAGAAAGCUGGUCAUAGCCAGCGGGCCGUCAAGUAUCCCGUUGUACGAACAGGGUCUCAAGAGCCUGCUUACCAAGUUGCCGGCUGAUGUUCGGAAGACACUCGAGGAAUGCGACAGGCGGAGCGAUCACGAGAGGGAGGAGUUCAAGAGCGCUGCCGCAGUCUUCAACGGCCACCACGUCUGUACCUUGGACCCCAUGCCCGAUGAGGUCAUGGCAGCGUUCAAGAAUAUGAGCGACGAUCCCACCGUCUACCUCACGAUUCAAGGACCGGCUGAGUUCGUGAUAUUUGGCUCAAUCAAGGGUUGGGAGGGGUGGAGCCGAGCUCACAAUACUGAGGUCGAGACCCUCCUGAUCAACAGUAAGGCGGACGAAGUCACCAACCCCGCCAUGCACCAAUGGUCCAAGGAGAUCCCCAAAGUAAGAUGGGUGACUCUUGGUGGGAGCCACAUGUCGCACUGGGAGGAUAGGGAUAGGUACAUGCAGGAGGUCGGCGACUUUCUCGCCAGCACGGAGCCUGGUGAUAGAAAACAAUCGUGA